AUGCCUCAGCAUCAGCCAUAUGGCACUGUCCAAGAACCAUUGCCCGGGAAUGCGCAGUGGGGAAGGGGAAUGAACGGCUAUCCGUCUUCCAGUGAUAGUGCUACGCGCUCGGCUGCCGAAUCCCUAGCGUAUCUGCAGGGAGCGACAGCGGGUCAGUCUAACAGUUGGCAGCGCCCAGCGGUCACUUCUCCACACCCGCUUCCGCAGAGUAACGGGGGCGUGUAUGUCGAUCGCGGAUAUUCCUCCACGCCGCAUGCGGGUCAGUCGCCGAUGAACGGCACGCCUCAAUACCCUUAUCCAUCAUAA